AUGAAAUUAACUUCUGAAACUGUUGCUUUGAGCAAAUCCAAGAGAGAAAAAGAAAUUGAAAUUAUGGGAGCAUCUCUUGAUCUUGAUAAUCAAGUCUUGGCUAACAUCAUGGCUAAGACAUAUGGAGGUGACCUUGCUGGCUGAGGAGAUGAGCUAGAGCUAAACUUAUCCACCAGAGUCGACCAGCUUUGCCUUAGGGAGCUCAAAAAGCUAUCAAAUCAGAAAUCUUUAGGUAUUUAUGCUCAAAUUUCUAUAAACACGGGGAAUAAAUUAUCAGAAUGAAAGGAAUUACUAAAAUUCAUUUCAUUCCUAAAACUUGAAAGCCUCACAUUGACGCAUACAGAAAGAGCUUGAGAUCACCUUGAUUUAGCCAGAAUGAAAAAUGGAUUUUUUUCUGUCUUACAAAACACUGUACAUGAAUUAAAUUUAAUUCACUUUUCCAUUCCGAAAGAAAUAUUAACAUCAAUUUUGGAAAAAGGAGCUCAUAUCGAGUCUAUCGGUUUUCAUGAUUGUGCAAUCGAUCUCGCAGGUGUCAGGACCAAACGUUGCAUCACUCCCAAGACAAGAUGUCUCGAUUUCACAGGGUCAACAUUCAGACGAGGGUUUAGCGAAGGAAACAAUUUCAGUGACUUCUUCGCAGAAAUCUGUAGAUUAAUUAAGAGCUCCUACACCAACACCCCUCUGGAGUAUAUCAUUUGCCAAAAAUGGUCGAUUUCAGAAGAGAAAUUUAAAGACUUGCUUUACAACUACAAUUUGACUCAUCUAAAAUUCUUUCUUACCAGAUGAAAACCAGGCUAAUC